CAUUCACUGCGCAAUCCAAGUGAUUAGCCAUGGAUACGGACGUGAUUAGCGGCCGGGACGCGAUGGCGCCGGCGCCGGUGGACGGCGGCGUGCGGGGCAAGGCCGCGGGCGGCGGCGGCGGCCGGAAGCACCUCUCCUCCAUCGCCGACGACGUGCUCCACCGAUGCUCCCUGACGCUGCACAGAAGCGUCGACGAACUAGUCGCGGACUUCGAGUCGGGCCUGAAGAAUGCCGCACUGGACAACUACUCAAGAAGACUAGUUGAGUACUGCAGCCUUCAGGCGUUGCAAUCUCUAACAUCUCCUGAUCUCGGAGACACGCUUCACGAGGGGUCGCUCGGUCGGUUCACGUUUGAUAUGAUGCUAGCCUGGGAGACGCCCACUCCUUCGGAUCAACAAAUUACCAUGGAGAGCAUAUCGAAAGAGAGAGAAGAUCGGAAGGAACCACUUGGAGCAAAUGAAGCUGUGAUGGGUGAUGACACGUCGCUGUUCUAUUCGGAUAUGAUGCCCCUUCUUGUGAAUGAAGAUCCAACAGUCGGAGAAGAUGCAUAUGUGUGGUUUGGAUCUGUAUUUCCUUUGGCUUGUGACGUUGUCAAUGCGCGUUUCACUUUCGAAGCCCUCACCGCUACCACUGCUAGCAGGCUACACUAUCCUGCUUACGAUAAAUUCCUUAAGGAAAUGGAUAAGUCCUUCAAAUUUCUGCAAAGCUUGCCAACUCCAACAGGAGUUGAAUUCGCUGAAGAUGAAUUUAUCUUGCACACUGAGGGGGCAGCAGGAACACAAAGGGUGGUUCGGCACAUUGGGACCGGCAGCUGGCCUGGCAGGUUGAUUCUGACAAACAAGGCCCUGUAUUUUGAGACUUCCGGCAUAAUUUCAUAUGGGCCUGCUUUCAAGGUCGAGCUUUCAGAUACUGGAAUGGAUCAACAAGUUAAAGCAGCUUCAACAGGUCCUUUUGGUGCACCAUUGUUCGACAAAGCCAUUGAAUUUGAAUCACUACCGGAACCUCUGCUUCUGGAGUUUCCGGAGAUGACCAGCUCUACACGUCGCGAUCUGUGGCUUACCAUGAUAAGAGAAGUAAUCUUUCUCCACCGUUUCAUAUCAGCGUACACGAUAGAGUCCCCUAUCCACAAAUGGGAGGUACAUUCAAGAAUCAUAUUGGCAGUGAUAAGGCUCCAUGCUGCAAGGGAGAUGCUAAGAAUGUCACCGCCACCACCUUCUAGCUUCCUCGUAUUCUCCCUGUAUGAUGACCUUCCUAAAGGUGAUUACGUGCUCGAGCAACUAGCAAACAAUCUGAAAGAGACGUCGACCAUAACUCCGUUCAGUGCAUCAUAUGUGUUCAAGAGCUUGAGUAAGUCGGAUCCAAUCGCGUUAAGCGCGGAGAUGGCAAAAGAGCAUGACCGGGACUCAAGUAACCAUGGGCAGCCCUUGACCUCCCUCGGAAAUACCAUUGAUAAAGUAAGAGAUGAAGCCAGGGAAGUUACGGUGGCUAAUGCUCCCAUCGAGGGGAUGAAGGAGGAAGGUCUCACCGAUAGCCUUCUCGUAUUAGUGGGGUUGGUAAGUCCCAUCAGCAAACUGGGUCCGGUGAUCCAAGAGAUGACCUCCUGGGAUAGACCGCACAUCACGGGCAGUGUCCUUGCUGUAGCUUUGCUGACCAUAUACAACGAGUGGGUGGGCUACGCGUUGGCGGCAUUCCUGAUACUAGUGGUCGGCGCGAUGGUCUGGGCCAGGCAGAGGAAGAUCGGCGAUAUAUGCUCGGAGGUGAUCAUCGACAAGUCCUCGGACAAGACGACGAUUGAGAGCAUAGUGGAGGCGCAGCACAGCAUGAAGAAGGUGCACGAGUACGUCAAGACGGCGAACGUCGUGAUCCUCAGGCUAUGGUCCAUCGUUCUAGCCCGGUCACCAAAGCACACGGAGACGGUGAUCUGGAUGCUGACGGGCAUCGCGGUGGCGCUGGCUGUGGUACCUUUCAAGUACGUCCUGAUGGGGCUGACGGUGUGCUGCUUCGCGGCGAACACGAGGGUUGCCAAGGCGGUGUCGGACCCCCGGGGCGGGCGGCGCUGGAGGGAGUGGUGGGAGUCCAUACCCGCCGUCCCGGUCCAUACGGUCGACAAGGGCGAGCUACGGACAGGUUGAAGAGAUGGCCGGCUGAAAAUUCAUGGUCUUGCAGUGUAUGCACACGCUGGUAGCUUUGUUUGCGCUUCACAGUGGAACGUUGUGCCAUGAACACGUUGUCAGAUGUUUCGUGUAAGAAUAAAAGGAAUACGUACAGUCUA